GCCAGCAGCACUUGGAGGAAGUUAAACUCCGGGAUGAGUGGAUUCGUGGGGGUUUGGGGUCUGUCUCAUCCCAGGCCCCCUCCUGGACUGUGGGAUUGUCCAUGUGUCCUGUCCUGGAGGGCCCCGCUUGGAUAAAACCGGGGAAUUUGGGGGUUUUGGGCAGGGAUUUGUCCCAGCAGGUGCCGGGAGCGCUCCCCAGGCCAGGGCAGCUCGGGUGUGUCCGGGCCUGUCCGCACGGACACCGCGCUGGCUCCCGGAUUCCCCCUCCAGGGAAUUUUGGGACGCAUGUCCGGGCGGGCCGGUGGCAUCACCAGGUCACCGGGGUGUUGUUGUCACCUCCCUGCCCAGACCGUGUUUGUCACCAAGGGGUCAAUCCCGGCUCCAAAUCCCGGGAUGGAGCCGCUGGCUCCCGUCACCCUCCUGGCCCUGCUGGCGCUGGCACUGGGACAGCCCGACCCCGCACUGGACCGGCACUGGGAGCUCUGGAAAAGAACCUACGGCAAGGAAUACCAGCCCCAGGAGGAUUCUCUCCGCCGCCUGACGUGGGAGAAGAACCUGUGGCUGGUGACACUGCACAACCUGGAGCACUCGCUGGGGCUCCGCUCCUACACGCUGGGAAUGAACCACCUGGGGGACAUGACCAGCGAGGAGGUGGCGGCUUCGCUGGCGGGGCUGCGGCUCCAUCCUCGCUCCCGUCGGAAUUCUGCGCCCCAGCCCAAAUUCCGGGCGGCUGGACCGGUCCCGGAGGAGCUGGACUGGAGGGACAAGGGCUGCGUGACCGAGGUGAAGAACCAGGGCGCCUGCGGUUCCUGCUGGGCCUUCAGCGCCGUGGGGGCGCUGGAGGCGCAGGUGAAGCUGCACACCGGGCACCUGGUGUCCCUGAGCGCCCAGAACCUGGUGGACUGCUCGGGGAUGUACGGGAACCGGGGCUGCGCCGGCGGCUUCAUGACCGAGGCGUUCCAGUACAUCAUCGACAACGGCGGCAUCGAGUCCGAGGAGUCCUACCCCUACACGGCCCAGAACGGGACCUGCCACUACAACGCCUCAGCCCGCGCCGCCUCCUGCUCCCGGUUCCUGGAGCUGCCCGAGGGCGACGAGGCCGCUCUCAGGGACGCCGUGGCCACCGUGGGCCCCGUGGCCGUGGCCAUCGACGCCACCCGGCCCAGCUUCUUCCUGUACCGCUCCGGGGUGUUUGACGACCCCCAGUGCUCGCAGGAGGUGAACCACGGCGUGCUGGUGGUGGGGUACGGCUCCCUGGAGAACAAGGAAUACUGGCUGGUGAAGAACAGCUGGGGCGUGCACUUCGGGGACGGGGGGUACAUCCGCAUGGCCCGCAACGCCUCCAACCUGUGCGGCAUCGCCAGCUACGCCUCCUACCCGCUCAUCUAACCGGGGCUCCGAGCACCGCCCCGGGGCUCCGGUGAUCCACCGAGUCCCUCCUGCACCUCCUACCCGC